AUGGUCUAUUCCUCAACGAUCAAUACAUUCACCAGAGAAUUCAAGUCAUCACAGCACUACUUUCCCCCUUUGCCAUCCACAUCCAACGCACGCCGUCAGCUCAAAGCUCAGAAAAAUCGAAUCCUCGAUUCGGAAGGUAGACCCUUCGGGUGUUACUCACCUCAAGGUAAGAGAGUAGGGUGGCAUAAUUCUCGUACUGUAAAUUCACAAGAUACUUUGGAUCAAAGAAUGAAAGAAUUGAAGAAAGCUGCUAUCAAAUCUAGGCAAGCUCAACUUGAGAAGAAAUCAAAGGCGAGAUCAGAGAAUUCUAGGAUCAGUACUUCGGAAGAUUAUUCUUCGCAGAGACCUUUGGGCGACCAGCCGCGGAUCCGAGAUCUACCUCCUCAUUUCCCCCAACCUAUGAAAGCUAUCAAGUCUAGCCAUAAUGAUCGCGCUGACACCCUGACUCCCUCAUCUAACAUUGGGAGAGAAACUACCUCCCGCUCAACAGACACGGUUGUCAACCAUCACCCAAUGUACUCUGAUCGACUUGGGGAAGAAGAGGAAUUUAGUCGAUUCGAACCUUCUUCGCCUAUCGGAGGUGCAGGAACUGUGGCGGAAUCAUGUUACGACGUACUCGACACCACGUCCUUCGAUUCCAUGCUAGCUAGAAGGCUUCCUCCCUCUUCACCAAUGAAAGCAUCUCCCGUUGGAGUCCAAAAGGUAGCGAAAAAAGCGUAA